UUAAUUAUAUUUGUUUAACUUUUGCAAAAACAAUUUACUACGAUUUGUUCUUUCAAUACAUGUUGGAGUUGCCGUACUUGGAUUCUAUGUUCUGUGGAUUAUUGCUUUUAGGAUAAAAUAUGAAAUAAUUAAAAUUUGUGUUUAAAUAAUAAAUAAAGACCAUAAAUGGAUAAAAGAAGAGCAUACAUAACUUUAAUAUAUGCCACUGUGAAAAAAAAACAUAUUUCAUUGUUAAAUGUGAAAAAAUUCUUAAAUUCCAUUAAUAUAAUUCCCAUUUUCAUAUUAUUUAAUAUUUAAGACAUCUGGCUAUGACAAUAAUCUUGAUUUGAAUUUUAUUAAGUGGCAGCAUUAAACAGAUGUUCUUGACUCCGGAAAAUUGUUGUUGUAUUUGACGGUAGUUGGAAUAGUAAACAAUAAUCAGAAGUAAAUACUGCCUGGAUAGUAUUAUUAUUCCAAAGCUUUGUUUACUACAGCGAUUAUAUUUUUUAUUGAAUUUGCACAGUUUUUGGGGUAAAAAUGCCUUUUGCCAUAAAGAAUUUACAAAAAUCCCACUUGCAACCGCUAACAAAAUGUAAAACACCUGAUGUGAUUACACUGUGCAAAGUAGCAUUUGAUUAUUUAGCCCAUGGUCCAGAACAACAACAGGAAAUAUAUCAAGCCAUAGCUAAUAAAUAUGAUAAACAAUUUGAACGAGCAGAAGUGCAAUUAGCUGUAGAAGCUUUAAUUUCACUGCUAAUAGAAGCUACUAAAGCAAAAGCAGAUGAAAGCGAGUUAAAAAAGCCUUUAACAUUAGCAGGCUUCCAAGAGGAUACAGUUGAUAUAUUAACACAAUUCAUGACUAGUAAACGUAAUUUUAUUGAGGGCUCUAUAAAAACGGCCAAUAUACGAGCUUACCGUCUGGUCAAUAUAGAAUGGCGUCUCGAAGUAAGAUUAGCAUCACGAGCCGUUAUGAAGCAAUCUCAAGUAUUUGUAACAAUGAAAUUGUAUUUACACACGGAACCUAAAAAUGAAAAUCGCGAUUUAUUGGAGGAUGUAGAAGAUGCUCUAACACCAGUGCAUGAAGAUGAAAAACGAAAUCGCAAAGAUUUACUAGUGCAAACCGAUUUGAAUACCUUAAACUAUAUGAUACAUUCCCUCGAAGAAGCUUUAAUGGAAUCGCGUUCACGGCGUAUUCGCAAUAUUGUGGAAGCCAUACAUUAGUUUGUAUUACAUAUUUUUAUUCUUAAAUACAUAUUUUCAACACAUCCAACAAUUUCUUUAAA